GCAAACGCGAACUUUCCCUCUGCUGCUGCGUAUCCAAAUUGCGCGUGUAACGAAAAUUCGGUGAAAAAUCUGGUAAAAAGUCCCGCAAAAUUAUGAGUAAAACUCCUUCCGAUAGUGUAUCACUGUGGAACGCAGAUGGGCCAGCCGUUUCAGCGAAGAAAAACUGUCGUUUGCAAGUGAAUGACCCACCUCGACAGCAGACUGAAGAUACACCGGGAGCGAAGAAAGAAACAAAGCAUGUUUCUAAAGCACUCGAUUGCUCCGGUCAUCUGACCGGUAUCCUGAAGGGAUUAACUCCUUACGAACGGUCGUACACGAAAAGGGAUGAAACCUUGAGGCAUCUCGUCGCAGUUUACCUCUAUACGAUUCUAAAACCGCCUACCAGAUGGACGCCAGAAUCGUUUGACGAAAUAGUGCAGCUAGAAUCCACGGUGACGACAACGGACCUACAAUCGGUGCUUCCAAUCGCCUGGAACGGCAAAACCUACAACAUCCACCUAACCAACUGUCUGAUGAAAGGAAAAUUCGGCCAACGAAGCGAAUGUCGUCAGCCAGGCAUUCAUCAAGCACUGGGUCGCAUCAAGCGAGGAAAAGCGGCGAUUUGGAAGUGUGAUUCGCGGUACUUUCUGGUGCGUCGUUUGCUUACCGGAUGUUACUUCUACACCAUGCGUCUUGCGGACGGUGUGCCUGCGCUUCUCUUCUUUGGUUGCCCCGAGGCGAUGAUUAACUUCGUGCAGGAAACGUACGGCUACACCGAACACACUCGGUUCCUGCUCUCAAACGUUAUCCUGCACUCGGUCGAACAGGAGGAUGUGAAGCGUAUCGUUUGGAAAAUGAAACAAACCACCGGCAUGCAGCUCGUUGGACCAUCGAAUGCACUGCUCCAUGGGAACAUCCAUCUUCAGCGACCAUCUCUGGAACGUGCGCUCGAAAUAGGAUUGAACGUGUUGGAGCUAAAGGAUCGUCGCCCUAGGCCUAGCUCUUGGGACAACCGACUCCUGAACGCGUGUUUCAAAAGACAACAGCAUACAUGGAACACGGUGCAAGUGAUCGGCCCCUGGUUGGUCAAAAACCUGCCGGAACCUCGGUUCUCCUGCGCACAGUACCACCUGUACCGCUGGUCACCGGCACUAGGACACCGGCAGCGAAAGCAGUUCGAAGAGAUGGUAAAUAACCUGCUACCUUCCUGGACGGCGCAGCUCAUCGUAGCGCUCGAUUGCUGCUUCGUCCUGUGGUCCCGGGAUGCCUUUAUCUACUGGUUCAGUCCUCACCGGUACAGCUCGUUGCAGGAACCGACGGAGCGGUUGAAGCAUCGAGCUGCCUUUCUGCACAUGUCCAACGCCUUACCGGUUGCUUCUCUUUCGCUGUACGAUUAUCUUUUCGAACUGGGCAUCUUCCCCGAUCAUCAGAUCGAGAUCGUCUCAUUGCGGAUUGAACAGCUGGCUCCAUUGGUGAGGGAUUUCCCGAGCGAAGAUGAGGAACAGGAGGAACUACAGAUCCCUGAUGCACCCGAUCGCGAUACGGGAAUCAAUCUCUACCAGCCGGCACUACACUCUGCCUCACAGUUACGGCUCGUUCGGCAGGUAUUUGAAGCGAUCUACCGCAACACGCAGGAUCGGUGUGAUUGACGACACCGAAACAGC